AUGCCGCGGCUCCUCUGCGUGUGUCUGCUGUGGCUGGGGCUCCUGUUAGUUCGGUUCUCCCGUGAGCUGAGCGAAAUCAGCAGAGCUAGGAGACUGUGCGGCAGGCACCUCCAGAAGGAAAUAAUAAAACUCUGUGGCAAUGUCAACUGGAGGUACUUCGAGGAGGAAACCCCCAUGCCACCGCUGUUUCCCCAGGACAACGAGAUUGAAACCUUCAUCCCCGACAGGUCGGAAAGCUCCCAAACCACUUUUCCGGCUUGGGCGAGAGGCACGAACCCAGUCUCUACUUCUGCCUCUGAGGAAGACGCGAUAAACAGUUUGAAGAUGUCACUGCCUGAGUAUAGAUAUACAAGGGCCAACGUGCCACCUAACGAGACAAGAGAAUUUUCCUCAUCACAAGAUAACAAUCAGUAUAUUCAUGAAAUUUCAGAAUUUCAGAAGAAAAAUACAAACAAAAUUAAAACCUUAAGCAACGUGUUUUGAAAUCAUCCCCAAAGAAAAUGCAGAGGAUACUCAGAAAAGUGUUGUCUUAAAGGAUGUACAAUAGAACUCAGUAUUGCAUGUUUUCCAUAUAUUGAAUACAAAAACUUACAUAAACAAGUACCAUCAUUUGUGACUGGGAUAUACUAACCAUCACAGGAAUUAUACUAACUUAAUAAAAGCUUAAUGUAUUUAUUUUACUUUA